CAGUAGCUUUCAAUGCGGAAAUGUACAUGACUUGCCUCACAGUGACAAUGACAUAAGGAACGUUCCAAGAGCCGCAGCACGGAUGGAGCAUCUAUCGAGGUUCGUAGGUCAGAUGUCCUUGACAGAUGACAGCAGAGCAGAGGGCAUCAUCUCAUCGGAGUAUAGUAAUAUCCGUGAUCGAUCUUCCAUCAUCAAGAAAGAUCUUGGCCUCACGACGAAAGCCGGGGCACUGAAGGACAAUGUAAAGAAGAAUCGUUACAAAGACAUUUUACCAUAUGACCAGACCCGUGUUCCCCUAACUCUACUGACGAAUGACAAUGACUCUGACUAUAUCAACGCCAGCUUCAUUAAAGGUGCAACAGAGACCAGAAAAUACAUAGCGACCCAAGGACCUCUGAGGCACACUUUGGUUGACUUCUGGCAAAUGAUUUGGCAGUAUGAUGUAAAGGUUAUAAUCAUGGCUUGCAGAGAAAUUGAAAUGGGAAAGAAAAAGUGUGAGCGCUAUUGGACAACUGUCAAGGAAACAACCCCCUUUGGUCCCUUUAUUGUCUCAAAUCUUGAAGAAUCCAACCCAAAUGAGGAAGUAGUCUUGAGGACUCUGACUGUGAGAUUUCAUAAUGAAACACGGACUAUCUCUCAAUUCCAAUACACAGCUUGGCCUGAUCAUGACAUUCCAUACACAUCUGGUGGUAUUUUAGAAAUGAUGGAUAUGGCUCGCAAAGCCCAGGGAAACAACACUAGCCCUGUUCUCAUCCACUGCAGCUGGGCUCCUGAGGGGCUCAGCGGUAAAGGGAACUGCAUCUCAGUGCCAGAGGCAUCACUACAGACCCUGGUUCAAUCCUGGGGUGUAUCACUACUGGACGUUAUGGCGAGUCCCAUAGGGCGGCGCACAAUUGGCCCAGCAUCGUCUGGUGCUGGUUGUGGAAGAACAGGGGUGAUUUGUGCCCUGGAUUAUGUUCAUGAUCUUCUUGUCACAAAGCAAAUCAAAGGAGAUUUCAGUAUCAUGAAGAUUGUAGUGGAACUAAGGAGACAAAGGCCAUCAGCUGUUCAGACAAAGGAGCAGUAUCAGUUUGUGUUUUCUGCCGUGGCUUAUAUGUUUGAGAAGGCUUUACGGUCACCUGAGAACAACUACCAGAAUCUCACCAAGAGCAACCAACCUCUCUAUGAUGACGUUGAGUCUGUGAAGACCUCUCCACCGAUAACAUCAGCCAUCACUCAGCCACUUGAAAAAAGAAAUUCUAGUGUGCAGCCCAGAGCGCCUCAACUGUGCCAGCAGACGAUGGAUGACACCUAUGCUGUGGUCAACAAGUCCAAACAGCUUCCGUCACCAGCCUCUUCCUCAGCUCCUCCGGCCGCUCUCCAUCACUAUGACAACACAGAGCUGGGCACCCUGAAAUGCCCCGCCACUGCUCUCUACAGCACGGUCAAGCCCAAGAGCAGGUGUCCUCCAGUCAAUCCACCUCCAGCGGCCUCACCCAUAUAUGACACAGCUAGACCGGCCAAUCACAGGCUAGCUGAUGCCACAUUAGGGAAGGAACAGAGUGGCUAUGAACAGGUCACAGCUGAGCAUCAUUCCUCGAUGGGAGAUGACUAUGAAUAUGUCUCAAAUCCCAUCAAAGACCUGACCAACAGCUGCACUCCUGGUAGCAUGGGGUUCAACUGUCGCAUUAGGAAACCCAAAGGGCCCCGGGAUACCCCGGCAGAGUGGAGUCACGUGGAGAGAUGAUACAGCAACCACAUACCAGGCCUGGGAAUGGGCUCUUUCUUUUCUAACCCUUUUGAGUUGGUAUAUUUUUCAGAUCUGUUGUACCACUUUCUUUAUUUAUUGUGAUUGAUAUUACUGAUGGAAAAAUAUAUAUAUAUUAUGAAACAUCGUCCCAUUCUGAGACAGGUAUUGUUUUUGGAUACUACACAGGUUUUUGGAUCUUCAGCUGUCCCCAUUGGAGAAGCCUUUUAAAGACCCAGUUUUGGUUCCAGGUAGAACCCUUUCCACAGAGGAACCCUGAAGGAUUCCACCUGUAACCAGACAUGAUUCUUCAAAGGGUUCUCCUAUGUGGACAGUCGAAGAACCCUUUUGGAAGUUUCUUUUUCUACGAGUGUAUUUACCAAAUUCAAGUUAUGGUGUGACGGCACUAACCAACAGGGGGCACUAUAGUAACAUGGGAUAAUGAGCUGUUCAAUAUUAACGAAACAGGUAUUGUAAAAUGUUUUUUUCACAGGUAUUUUUUUUAAAUCUCUACUCAUUUCUGGUGACAAGGACUGGUGAUAAAGACAACCAUUUCUUCAAGGUUCUUUGAAAUACAUCUUUGUAUUAGGCCUGCUUACUUACCACAGUCAAUGCAGCAUACAUGUAGAUACAACAAAUGUUCUGGUGAUCACAUUAAAAACAAUGUGCUUUACUUGAAAA